UACAUAACAAUGGCUCUAUUGUCAUUGGUAUACAGGAGUUCCUUUAUAGAGCGAAUGAUCAUAACCUUACUCAGUACUCAUUAUAUUGUGGACUUUCCAACUAUCAAUUCGUUUGGCACUGCUUGUCAUUUCCCUAUAUUCACAGGCCACAUUUACAGCAUGAUGACACAGUCAAAACCUAUGAAAGUACUCGUCAUAGGGGAUUUUAUGUACGAUAAAUAUCAUUAUGGAAAAACUACGAAAAUUAGUUGCGAGGCGUUUCUGCCGGUUUUCGGAAAGGAGCACUUGGAUAUCCGCUUGGGAGGCGCAGGAAAUGUGGCCCUAACCUGUCACCAUCAUGCUGAAGUUACCCUCGUCUCUGCUUUUCUGGAAAACGAGUGUCCAGCAGUUCCGUUCAAACUUGUGAAUCUUCCUGGGAAAACGGUGACAACGGUGAAAGAAAGGUUCAUCAUAGGAGAAAGGCACGUUUUUCGCAGUGAUCAGGAGAAAUAUGAACCGAUUAACAUUGAUGAUGUGAACACAGACGGGUAUGAUGUUAUUUUGAUCUCAGAUUAUAACAAAGGUGUUAUUCAUUCGCCGCAGAAACUGAUCAGGAAUGCCAAGUGCCCGGUGUUGGUGGACCCAAAAGGGGACGAUUGGUCGAAAUAUGCAGGAGCAUACUGCCUGAAGCCGAACCUCAAAGAGUUCGAGAAUGUCUGCGGAAAAUUCACCGUUGAAAACGCGAGAACAGCUUUAAAAACGUACAAAAUUGAGGCAAUCCUGGUAACAUUGGGUCAAAAUGGUGUUACAUGGGUGACGCUUGAUAAUGAAAUCCAUAUCGGAGCUACUGCGGAGAAAGUUGUCGAUGUCACAGGUGCGGGCGACACAUUCAUAUCCAUAUUCGCGUGCUACUUGAACGAAUCUGAUGUCGGGGACACGGUAAAAAUUGCGAAUACGGCAGCAGGCGUCGCCGUGGAACACUUCGGGACUUACGUAGUGACUAAACGAGAUAUUUGGGGUCAAAUCCAGCAUGAUGGGUUAACAGGCACAACAAAUGAAGUGCAGCCCGUGAUUCCGUACAACUAUAGCAUUGGCACUACGCACGAUAUACUCCCAGUACAUAAAGUUACCCCAAUGCAGAAAUGUCAAGAAAAGGUUAGCCCUGAGGAGCAAGAAGAACAGUCAUGUAGAAGAGGUCAAGCCACGAAGGAGAAGUCAUUUGAAUCUGGAUGGAAGUCUACUAAUGGCGUAGAACCCAUGACAAACGCAUCUGAUCAGUCCAUAAUGACUCGUCAAAGUAAGAAGAAAGAGGUGGUUGUAUUCACCAAUGGAUGUUUUGAUAUCGUUCAUGUCACCCAUGUCAAUCUUCUGCAGAAGGCAAAAAGUCUGGGCGAUCGGCUCAUUGUAGGGUUGAACAGUGAUGCCAGCGUCACGCGGAUAAAACGAAAGCCAAUCAACAACCAGGAAAGGAGAAAAAUGUUGCUGGAGGCUUUCUCUUGUGUUGACGAAGUUAUCAUCUUCGACGAGGAUUCGCCACGGAAUCUCAUACUGAAGCUCAAGCCAGACAUCCUCGUAAAGGGAGGGGACUACGAGUUAGAAGAUUUGAGAAGUAGGCAUCUGGUGAAAAAGGCGGUGAUUAUUCCAAGUUACUGCGAGGUCACGACAUCAAGGAUCAUGAAGGAAUGUCAAAAGCGUCUGAUCGAAUCUGACUGCAAGAAGAAAGUACUACCAGAAGCAUACACCGAGGCAUUAGGGAGUACGGACUGGACAUGUACGCCAAGCAAAGAUGCAGAGACAUGCUUAGUCUGUGACCAGACAGACCGCACAAGUCAGCAAAUAGUACAAAAGAAGUGGGGUUUUGAGAAUAUUUUCGUUUCUAAUGCUUCUUAUGCGGGAAAAUUUCUGCAUUUUGAUAUUGCAGGUAGUAAAUUCUCGAUGCAUUUUCAUGCUGUGAAAACAGAAACUUGGUACGUCUUGAGAGGUUCCUUUCAUUUGGUCCUAGAUGUGUAUAAGAGACAGUGA